UUAUAUAAAAUAUGGGUUAUCUUUCUAAAACACAUCCUUAUGCUAGUUCACUAGCUCUGACACUAAUGGAACUGCAACAGGUCAAUUCAAUUAUUAUGUUAUACUUUUUGCUGUAGACUGAAGACGUUUGGGUUUUAGAUCAAAAGAUAAAUAUGAGGAGAGUUAAGAAUUUAAGCUUUUGUUUCCUGGUGUUUGUGUGUGGUAAAUGAUAGAACAUGGCACAUUUUGUAUCAGACCACCCAAUUUGUAGGCAAGUAAAAAUACUGGAACAUGAGACUAACAGUUUCUUGUUACCCUGAUGUGUCCUGUUAGAUUUAUCAUUUAAACAAUAAAUAGCUCUGAACAUCUACUCUUAGUUUUAGCCGUCAGUUUCACCUGUGAAGACUGCAUUUAUUGUUUAAAAAGGAUAAGCCAACAUGAAGACCAGAGAGCCGUCUAUGGGAGAAAAGCAAGCCAGCUUGAAGCCGAGAACAAAAGGAAAAUCUAUCAGAGGCACUACAUGGGGCAUAGCCAAUACAGAAACUUGGAAUGACCUGAAAAAGAAAGAAACCACUGGUGUACUGAGCAAUAGACACCAAAUAAGUGGGCCGAGGAAAACGGCUGAUGACAAACGUUGUGAGCGCUGUUAAGAAAACCCCAAAAGCAGUCAGUGACCUCAAGGUCCUCCCCAGGGCAGGGGUGAAGGUAUCACAAUCCACUGUUUCAAGAAGACUUUGAGAGCAGAAAUAUAGAGGCCAUAUCACAAGAUGCAAACCACUCAUCAGCAAUGUGAAUUCACCAGUUGGGAGUUCACAAAGACAUACAGAGAUGAGCCAAAAAUGUUGAUGUAACUCAUGACGGUAGCAGCAGAAUGAAUGUAGAAGUUUACAGGAACAUCUUGCCUGCCAAUUUACACAGAAAUUCAUAAAAAUUAAUCGGGAGGAACUUUAUCAUGCAACAAAACAAUGAUUGGAAACACACUGCCAACACAACAAAGGACUUUAUCAGUGGGGGAAAUGUGAAGGCUUUUAGACUGGUCAAGUCAAUCACCAGCCCUUAACUUAAAAUCCAGCAUGCAUUUCACCUCCAGGAGGGUAUUCCAGAAAGCAAGGUUAUCUUAGCUUUACAUAAACCCUGAACUCUAGGUUGAUUAACCCAAACAACGCUUACUCUGGGGUUUCCAGUUCCAGAACACCUGUGAGGAGUAAGCUCAAUCAACCUUCUCCUGGUAACUCAGAGUUAACGCAUAUGCACAAUAAGUAUAUGUAGACCUUGUCAAUGGAUCAGGAUCAGGAGUCACCAUGGAAACCAAGGGUGAGAAAGUGAGCUGCAUACUUUAGCAAAGCAGAAUUAUGAGGAAUAUAAGCCACUUAUAACAAAAAGAAAGCAACAUUGCUGUAUCGGACAGUCAGUUGGUUUGAAAAAAAGUAACGGAUUGAGUAAAUGCACUAGUUUAUAUGUUCAUAAAUAUCUGAAAACUUUCAUUGUGAAGCAAAAUCGAACUCUGAUCCUAUUAGACCCGUGCCAUAACAUUUAAUAGAUAUGCCUUUACUUUUAGCCCUCCAUCAAUUUAUUAACAUUGUACACAGUACUAAUAAUAUAGUAGGCUUUACAUUUUAUCAGGUGUAAUCCUUCAGGACCCAAUUCAAAAUGAAACACAAACAUUCUCCAAAAAGAUAUUUCAUAAAUUUCUUCAUGAAAUAUAAGAAUCAUCUUUUUUUUAACAGAUAUUUUCUUACACUUGCUAAUGGACACAUUGUAUUAAUUGACCCUUCUGCAACAGCACAUACUGCCACAGUUGUAAGUGAUUAUUGUGUUCAGGUAUUGUUUGUUUGCUAGACCAUUAGUAAUGUGUACUGUAGGAUGAAGAUGAAGAGACCACCUGCUUUGACAGAAGUACAAACUGAAGAUGCUGGGAGGCCCACAGAGGUAUAACAUAUAAUGCAUUCCCUUUAUUUAAAGAUGUGAUUUAUUAAAACUUGUCAUCGUUACCUUAAAGAUUAUGGCUGGGGAUUCCUGUACAGAAGAGGCUCCAUCUACCUCGACACAGAAUCUUGGCAGUGUAAAAAUUUACUUCAGUCGCCCUGGUUCAAAAUAUCUGGUCUGUGUAUGUAUUACAGACAUUUAUGUUAUCAGUCAUACUGAAUUAUCAUUCAUUAAUUUCCUAGCUGCCUUCAAAGGAGCUGUAUAAUGUGAAUGCACUGUCAGCUGUCUGAAACAAACUAACCCUGGAACAUAACCUGCUUCAGAGUUGAUUAUGUUCAGAGAGUAAGUUGCUAUGGCUGUUUACAUACCCUGAAAGUUACCUCUGUUUUUGGAACCGAAAUUCUUACCCAGGUAAGUCGCAUAACUUGCUUUCAGGAAUACCCCCUUGAAGGGGAGACUGAAAGGAGAAACCCCCAAAAAACACAAACAACUGAAAGAGGCAUAUCUAUCUUUUGAUUUCAAAUGUCUUUUUGGUUUAUAACACAAACAAACAAAUUGGCUGUACCAUUCCUCUUAAAUUUGGAGAGAAUUGUAUAUUGUUGACAUUAAUUAAGGAAUGUAAAAAUUAAAGAAAUUGAAAUGACCUAAACCCAUGUAUUAAGCCAAAUAAAACUAAUAAUUAAUUUAUAAUCAUUCCUUUUGCGAUUACAGAAAUUAACACAAACUCAAGGAAACGCAGCAAUAUUCAGAGGCGCUGGCAAUUUUUCAAAAUUUCCACAGAUUUUUCAAAGAUUUGGGCCAAGACACGUGUGACGUCAUCACAACACACAUUCAACCAAAGCCCUCUUCGAUUCACGUAUGUUGAACACGAGUAUAGCAAAAGGUCACAUUUAAAAACAGAGAAGCAAUUGCAAUUUCAUCAAUUCUAUUAUUUUUCACAAAAAUGCACAAAAUACUCUGCAAAUUGCGUCGAAAAUGUUGAAAAAUCAGCAAAAUCUAGCGUUUUUGGCCGCAGCAAUCACGAAAAAACUGCGAAAUCCUGUACAGACUGUAUAAGAAAAGAAGUGCUGUGGUGUGAAAUAUUUUUUGGCAUAGAAAUAUUUUCCACUUCUGUUUUUCUGCCUUUACCAUGAUCUUUCGUUUUGAGUAAAAAAAAAAAUAAAUAAAUAUGCAAAAUUUCUACUUCUGUUUCUGACUUCACCCUGGUUGUUUACUUCGUUGUCACAGCUCUGUGCACUUGAAGUUUUGUAGGUGUCGCCUAAAUGUGAAAGAGCUGUUCUGGGAAUGUUCUUCGCAUGUUUCGAGAAGUAGUUUGUGCAGCUGACAGACAAACUUCAUAAGUUUGGAUUUUGUAACCAGUGUCUAGAUGGAGAAGAUGGGAGAUGGCAACAAAAGAAAGGUGACUGGUCACUUGUUGUUCUGUGUGUCCACGGCAGUCAUUGGCUCUCUGCAGUUUGGCUACAACACAGGAGUCAUCAAUGCACCUUAUUUGAAAAUACAGGCCUUUUUUAGGAAUGCUUCUCUAGAGCGCUACGGCCAAGCCAUGGAAGUCUCCACCAUUACUACUUUGUGGGGUUUUGCUGUAGCUAUAUUCAGUGUUGGUGGCAUGGUUGGUGCUCUUUCUGUAGGAGCUCUGGUCAACAAGUUCGGGAGACGUAAAUCUAUGCUCCUGUGCAAUAUCUUGGCUCUGAUCGGGGGUGGACUGAUGGGCUUGUCCAACUUGUCCCGAUCGUAUGAGAUGGUGAUUCUUGGCCGCUUGGUCAUUGGCAUCUUCUGCGGUUUCUAUACAGGACUGACACCAAUGUAUGUGGGGGAAAUCGCACCAACAGCACUGAGAGGAGCGUUUGGCACCCUUCACCAGUUAGGCGUUGUUGUUGGCAUACUCAUAGCUCAGAUCCUAGGUUUGGACAGCUUGCUAGGUUCUCAAGAUCUUUGGCCACUGCUGCUGGGACUGACGGUGUUGCCUGCAGUACUGCAGAGCAUCAUGCUGCUGUUUUGCUCAGAGAGUCCCAGAUACCUGUUCAUCAACCUGCAGCAGGAGGACAAGGCUCGCGAAGUGUUGGUGCGUCUUUGUGGAAAUGCCGAUAUUGAGGAUGAUGUUCGGGAGAUGAAAGAGGAAGCCAAUAAGAUGGCCAUGGAAAAAAAAGUUUCCAUCCUGGAGCUGUUCCGCAACCCAUUUUUCCGGCAGCCUAUCAUCAUCGCCAUCGUCAUGAACCUCUCUCAGCAGCUGUCUGGAAUCAAUGCCGUAUUUUAUUACUCUACAGAAAUCUUCACGAAGGCAGGUAUCACCGAGCCAACAUACGCCACUAUCGGAGCGGGAAUAGUCAACACUAUCUUCACCGUGGUCUCUCUCUUUCUGGUGGAGAGGGCAGGACGAAGGACACUUCAGAUGAUUGGAUUGGGUGGAAUGGCCGUUUGUGCUCUUGUCAUUACCAUCGCUCUUCAGUUAUUGGUGGACCCAUGUGGACAACAAGAAGAGAAUCUUUCUGGAGCUCCAGUCCCGCUUGACUGCAAUAGAACCAUGGAGGCAACACCAGAUGGGAGUAAAAUUCCACCGGCAAGCUACGUGGCCAUCGUGGCUGUUUUUGGGUUUGUGGCAACUUUUGAGAUUGGACCAGGGCCAAUCCCAUGGUUCAUAGCAACAGAACUCUUUGCUCAAGGUGCACGACCAGCUGCUGUCGCUGUGGGCGGUUGCUCCAACUGGACGGCUAACUUUCUGGUGGGUCUGUGCUUCCCGCUCCUGCUGCGCCUGUGUGGACCAUAUGUCUUCAUCAUUUUCCUCGUCCUCCUUGUAUUGUUCUUCCUGUUUACCUACUUCUGGGUUCCUGAGACCAAAGGCCGGACCUUUGAGGACAUUGCCAGUGGAUUCGCUAGAAAGGGAGCUUCCGGCCCCACCCAGUCCUCCCGGACAGAAGGCGGGGCCAGUGUGUCAGUGUCUUCCCCUACAGAGAAAGUUGCAAUGGUGGAAUUUUAGUGGACAGGAGGCCGGCAAAACUGGUGCUAACCCAUAGAGCUCACGCUAUAGGUUUCAUUUAAACUUCUUACAUCUUCUUACAAGCACCAGAGAAGAGCAGAAGAGAGUCAGUCUAAAGGCUAGUCUAAGUUCUAAACGAGAAGGCCCAUAAUGAUACCCACAUGGGGCAGAUUUAUUAAAGGAAGCACUAAACAGAGCUGCUGUAGCUACUAUGAUGGCGUGUAUUGCCAGUUUAGAGGGCAAUCCACUAGAGACGUGCAUACAAAUGAAUACAGCCUCACUUUGCCCUAAUUAACAAAUGCCUGGAGCAACAUAAACCCUUUUUAAUGCAAGCCUUUGUGUCUGAAAUUAAAUGAAGGAAUUGUACUACUAUGCUUUGGGACUCCUAUUGUUCUACUAUUUCUUAAUCUCUCUAAUAAUUCAUAACAGUUCAUACAAUUUGGCAUGUAAUAUGUUCGCAUUUUGGUUUCUUCAGGGAUCCAAAUCAAUUUAGAAACAACAAGAGCCAUUUAUGACCUGAAAUAAGCAAAAGGCUUUCAUGCACAUUAAGUACCGCAUACAAAGACAAAGUAAAUAUUUACUCUCAGCCUUUAAAAAUCUGAAUAAUUUCUUCAUUACAGUGAUCUCCACUCCGCAUUUUACACUUUGAGACAGAAAAAAAAAAAAAAAAAAAAAGAUUUUCCCUACUUUAUAUGAUCAGCUCAAUUGAUCUAAUAAGCAUAAACAUAAACAUAUCUUUAAAAGUCAUUGUUAUAAACCACAAUGAGGUUAUUUUCUCCCUAGAGUAGUAAGGUGAAAUACUCCAUGUCCCAUUCCUUCACUAUCUUUUAUUCAUUCUCCCACCUGCACACCCACAUACACCUUCCACCAGGAAACAAGGAUAUAUUGGAUAUUACAAAAUAAAUAUUAAAACAGUAUUUCUAUAAAUUUUGAAGUGACGGCAUGUCACGUUGGACAAAUCAUAUAUUUAAUGGAAUAAAGGCAAAAGCAAAAAAAAAAAAAAAAAAUCAGUGAUUUUAUAUCCAACGUGGUUUUAUAUUAGACAGCUUUUAAUAGCAUGCAUCUGUUUAUUAAAUUCACACACAUCAGUCAUGUAUUUGACAGUGCAAGCAUCAAUAAAUCUGCCCUUUGUGUAAAAAGUGGCCAGUCUUCCACCCAAUUUAAGUCAAAAUACUAAAGUUAAAAAUUUUUUUUUAUAAACACAUCAAAGUCAUUGUCAGUCUCAGGAACAGGUUAUAACAGAACAAAACGGUUCUUAUAACUGGUGCAUUUACUACAAAACUAUAUUCACAGUAGUGUAGAGAGAGUAAUUUACUGAUUUAUUAUUAAAUAUUCUUCACGUAAUAUAAUGUAUUGAGGUACACCACCAUGUGUGACGGUUAAAUCUAUUUUCUUACAAUUGAGCACGUUUAAACAUGAAAAUGUAAAUGUUUAAAACUAUAAAAUAUCAUACAAUAUUUAUUUGAAGUGGAAAAUUGUGAAAUUGUCAUUGUAUUUGUUAACUUCAGGCAUACUUGGAUGGUUCUGAGGCACUUUUCUUCACCCCGUAAGAUUACUUACUAGGAUCGCCUUGCACUAUAGGUAAUAUACUCUAUUGUUCCGAGUGUCCUUACCUGUGGAUAACACGGAGCAUACUGUAUGCAAUUUAUUAGCUGUGAAUGUUUAUUAUUAUUUAAUGGUUAUUAUUAUUAAUGUCUUAAAAAUGUUUUUUUUAUUCCAUUGUUUAUUGCUUGAAAGACUGCAAAUAAUAUUUUCACAUUUUAAAUCAACUCUGCGAUCAUAAAUCAUGUUUUAUAUAAUGCAAUUUGCAGACGUUUGUGAGUAAAUUUUAAUGACCUCUACAAUGAACAUAACCUUAUACAUUACAUAUUUCUGUAACAACAAUAGUAGUAAUAAUAAUAAUAAUAAUGCACAUUUAUAUUUUAUUCGCUGUUUAUUUGCUGAAGCUAGCAGAUUAAGCUUAAGAAAUUUUUUUAAUUGAAAAAAAUAGAAAAAUUAAGAAAACCAUAAAGAUUGUCAACUAUGCUCAAAAGUUUAUUUUUUUCCUCCAUUUUUUGUAUGCCAUAUAAUGACAUUUUAAAAAUAAACAAAUAAACAAGAACUGUUUCAAGCAUAGUUUACAUUAUGCAGAACUGAAGCUACACUGCUACUGCCCAGUUUAUUAAACUUAACUACGUUUCUUGUUUGUUUGUGUGUUUUCCCUAUUAAUUAUGAAUGAAUAAAAUACUUCAAUAUUUCACAA